UUUGUCAUACCUGUGGUAUACGGUCUGAUAUACCACGGCUUUCAGCCAAUCAGCAUUCAGGGCUAUAAACUGGAUGGUUCGAAGCCUGAAUGCUGACAGCUGUGGUAUAUCAGACCUCCGGAUCGUGUCGUGCAUAAGAGCAGCCCUUAGCUGUGGUAUAUUGGCCAUAGAAAAUAUCUGAGCCUGUAUCAGUGACGUCUACUAACUGGAAGGUACAGGACGAUGGACUGACUGUUGGGGAGGGGAGGCGUUGCGAUGGCCAGUCCUAAAGUCUUCCACUCUCUGGUUAGAAGUUUCCCAUGAGCAGAUCUAGGAUCAGCGUACCCUGCCCCAGUCCUAAUUUUAAAUGUUUGGGUGGAAAAGAGUUGGAACAGAGCUUGGAUCAGCGUCUACAGGCAACUCCUUGUUUGAGUAAUAUGAAGUGGGUGGGCCUUCAUGAGAGGUGUUCGCAAAAGUCUGCCCCAUCCAGAAGCUUCUCUCUCCAUACCCAGUCCCUCUUCCACCUCUCUCUUCCCCUCUUUUUUUGAUCCAGCCCUCACUAGCACAUGCUUCAGGAGCUCUGGAGACUCAGUCCAGUCGUCCUAGGUCGACACAGGAACCAUCAUGGCCAACUGCAGCAGUGUAUCCAGACUCGUCCUUCUGGUCCUGCUAGGCCUCUGGCUAGCCACCAUCCACUCAGAGACCGUGGAAGACCCCACGCCAACUUUACAAGGAGACAACCAGGACACACUGUCUGGUGGCGGGGCAUAUGACGUCACCACCAAAGAUCCCUUCAAGGAUAUGACGGAGAGAGUAUUAACCUUAGAGUAUGAGGACACCACCCACUCACAGGCCAUGGAUGAGGAGGAAGGUGUCCUGGGCCCGGGCGCCAUCACAGCUAUUGUCAUCGCUGUCUUCCUGGGGGCUUCAGUCCUCCUCGCCCUCAUUGUCAUCACACUCAGGAAGUUCAUCGCUUCCUAGAGCCACAACUUCCUCUUCCUCUCUUUCAAUCUCUCACACUUUUCUUACCUCCACUUCUCUCUCUUAUUCAUCUAUCUUCAUGGUCUUUCUUGCCCAUUCUCUCUCUUCUCACUUUUGCUCAGUUUCUCUUAUACGCACACAUAUUGUGAAUGUGACAACCCUUCUAUAACCCCUGGAUGCUCUAAUAUAAUGUGGCAGGUCCCUUUGGCCUUGAAGCACAACCGACAAUGAAUUUCCUUCAGACUCUAGCUACUAUAAUCAUAUUGUUUAUGUUGGCACACAUGUCCACUUGUUGCUAAAGGGUCAAUCCUAGCUUCCACUCAAGUCAAAAUUGAUUUAAGUGGAAGUUAGGAUUUGCCAAUAAGAUUACAACAGAGACGGGCAGGUUCUUCCAGUGUAUAAAAAUGCUGAUCAGGCCAUUAUUUUGGCUAACAUGGCUAUGCCCCCAUAGGAUGACAAUGCCCCCAUCCACAGGGCACAAGUGGUCACUGAGUGGUUUGAUGCGCAAACGAUGUAAACCAAAUGCCAUGGCCGUCUGUCACCAGAUGGGAUAUUCUGGAGUGGUGCUUGUGACAGCAUUUUCCACCACCAUCAACAAAACACCAAAUUAUGGAAUUUCUCAUGGAAGAAUGGCGUUGCAUCCCUCCAAUAGAGUUCCAGACACUUGUAGAAUCUGGUGCAUUGAAGCUGUUCUGGCGCAUGGUGGCCCGACGCCCUAUUAAGACACUUUACGUUGGUGUUUCCUUUAUUUUGGAAGUUACUUGUAGCUUUAAUAUUUAAGGGCUAGAUUCAAUCAGAUCCGCUUUAGCCAACAUCCGCAUAGCGGAUAGUGUCAGAGGUGGAACUGCAUUAGAGCUGUCAAACCUAGUGGCUCCAGGCAUUACACCUAAAGCAGACAUCUCCCUUGGUCACAUUAAGAGAAAUCCAAUGCAGCAGGGGUGGAUUGACAAUUCUGGCAAAUGUCAGAUGGGAUAGACCAUUUUUUUGUCAGGUGGGUUGGUCUGAAUUGACACAGACAAAAAUAUUUGUUUUAUAUAAAAAUAAAACAAUGAAGAGGGUGACAUGGCCGAUAGGCCAUGGGCCUGUCAAGAUUUCUUAAAGAUUUUUGAACAAUGUAUCUGUUAUACUAAUCUGUAAUGAGCCUUUGGCUGAUCAGUGGGCAACGGCUGGUCCCCUUACCAAGAUGGGCCACCUCGAUUUUCUGAUAGGCUGAGCUGAGAUCACGCAAACUCACAUUGAAAGUCGAACGCGUCAUCAGCAAAGAGACCUGCGCCGAAUCUGUCAUCAGUUAGACAGCCAAGAUCAUGGAUGUAAAAAACAAAAUGGAAGGGAUGCCUUGAAACGUAUAAAGAGCACAUUCUGCAUUGUCACAUCACUCAAAACAUCCUAUUUAUUGGCCGGCUAAAGCCAUGAUUUGGUCAAACAAAAAGUGCAUUAUCCUCAUGAUUCCUGUAAUAAAUUGUCAGCACUGCCUCUGCCCUGGCUUGGUCCUGAUGCUGUGAUGAGCCAGCCACUUGGGCCUGAUGCUGUGAUGAGCCAGCCACUUGGGCCUGAUGCUGUGAUGAGCCAGCCACUUGGGCCUGAUGCUGUGAUGAGCCAGCCACUUGGGCCUGAUGCUGUGAUGAGCCAGCCACUUGGGCCUGAUGCUGUGUUGAGCCAGCCACUUGGGCCUGAUGCUGUGAUGAGCCAGCCACUUGGGCCUGAUGCUGUGAUGAGCCAGCCUCUUGGGCCUGAUGCUGUGAUGAGCCAGCCACUUGGGCCUGAUGCUGUGAUGAGCCAGCCACUUGGGCCUGAUGCUGUGUUGAGCCAGCCACUUGGGCCUGAUGCUGUGAUGAGCCAGCCACUUGGGCCUGAUGCUGUGAUGAGCCAGCCACUUGGGCCUGAUGCUGUGAUGAGCCAGCCACUUGGGCCUGAUGCUGUGAUGAGCCAGCCACUUGGGCCUGAUGCUGUGAUGAGCCAGCCACAAAUUUGAACACUGGAAUGUGAACUAGAUUAGGACGCUAGAAAUCCUUAUUAUUUGGUUUAGUGAUUUUUCAGUUUGGGCUUAAUUAUAUAUAGCCUAUACUUUCUUGUUCUGAACUUCUAACUCGAGUGGGCAGAUGUGGCUUCCUGACAAUGUUUGCAAGAGCAGCUGCUCACGGAUUUGAAGGCUCCAACUCAGUUCCACCUCGGACACCGCCAAAACAUAAACCUUAUUUACUUUAUUAAUGAUCUGUAGUUUACAAUUGUGUGUCCAAGUGUUUUGUCGAGCAUUGUGAUUUGUUUUUGUAGAAGUCUUUUUUUUUCUGACGGUUAUGUUGUGGGUUAGUGUAUCCUGUCUCAGUUUUUGUUUGUCUUGUGGAUGAAAGGGUGUGAUGAGUGUGUCUUUGUGAAGAUUAUUCCACCAUGUUCAUUAUGUUGCAGUAAUACUGAGUGCCUUAAAAGGCAAGUGUUAUUGACAAUAGAAUGAGAAUGAAAUAAUUUACCAAAUGCAGGCUACUAUACAAAAUGCCAGAUUUAUUUCCCCAAUGCCCACAAUGUGUUACUGUUUAUUGGCAAAUAGGUGUUAAAAAGGAACGUUUGCCUAUUUACAGUGACCCAUACUGACCCAAAAAUCUAAUAUUUUAAGAUGAACAUGCUUCAAUAAAUCAACAUAAACAGGGUAAUACGUUUGUUUAACCUGCAAAGCACAUUUUAACCUCUGGUCUAAAAAGACAGGACAACUGAAUGACAAUACUUUUUGAUGUGUUAUGUCACAGUAUGACCAUUUUCUGUAUUCCUCUGUGGCCUUAUACCAAACGACUAACUAAGGCUGGGAUUCAUUAAAACCCGCCAUGGAAAUGUUUACGAGGUGUCUUUAUUUACAGUAUUCAUCCCGUGCCCACACUUCUAAUUCUGAAAAGUGAAAGCAGUCCUGAGGAGGAUCGCCCUGGUGUAGUUGCAGGUUUUAUACAGUACCCAAGACCAGUCUAUGUUAAUAUGACGAUGGAAAAAGAGCUACUGCAUAAAUACUGCAAUGUGGGUUUGGUAUAAUUGAGCCCUAAUGCUUUUGUGAAACAAAUAUUAUUUAAGGUAAUAAUAUCACUGGUUUGAACGGUCUGGUUAAAAAAAUAAAAAAUAA